AUGUACUCAUGGAAGAUUGCCAGCAAGUUCAAGUUUGGUCGUUCUAAGGAAGACAAGGAACGGGAGAAAGAAAAAGAACGCGAAAAGGCCAAAGACAAGGAGAAACAUGGCUUUUUCCAUCACAAAGGUCAUCGCAGUGAAUCGCCUUACAUGGAGCCCCCAAGGGACUCAGUAGACCGGAAAGAAACAAUAGUGGCAUCAACGUCUCUUAUAGCACCUGUUAGACUUUCUACGGAUGUUAACAAGUAUUCAACAACGAAUUCCUCGAUAUCCACGGGAAGAGACUCUCAAAGGACUACGGGCGAGUUUGACGACAAUGAGAUGGCAGAUUCGAGCGGUUUCACACACAACAGCAGAUCAAACGAAUCCGAGCAGCUGUAUAGUGCUGCUGAUGACGAAAGUGUGAGCUACGGCAGAGACUCAAGCAGACUAAAUGGAUCCGGUAAUUCCUCGAGGACUCAGGAAGAAGCGGAAAAAAGCACAGAACCACUCUUUUCCGGUAUCAUGACAGUGAAGGUUUACGGUGGUGAAGGUUUCAAACUGCCAGUUCCAAUCACUUCAAAUGUGCAGAUUUUGAAGAAACUGUUGAGCUCCGGAGUCAUUCAUCAGUCAGCAGAAGAACCGGGCGUCGACCAGCUGAUAUCGUCUCUGUCUCAAAUCGAGCUUGAAGACAACGGUGAUGAGGAGAACUUGAUAGAAGGGGAUGUGGCUACGCGCUUUAUUCCUGCCACAAUCACGUUGCCAAGCUCAACGGACCUGAAUCCACUUUUGUAUUUCACCAUUGAAUUCGACAACACUGUCGCGACCAUAGAACCAGAAUCAGGUACGAUAUCCAACCUCAAUUUCAAUAAGAUCUCGACAUUUGACGUGACACGGAAAUUACCAUUUUUGAAAAUCGACGUACUGGCGCGCAUUCCAUCCAUUUUAUUACCAUCAAAAGCAUGGCAACAGUCCAAUUCUUCCGAUCCUCAAAUUCGAGACGUAUUAGACCGAAUCAACAGCAACCAGGACAUCCAUCUGGACUCUUACAAUUUACCGUUGACCCUAGAUUUUAACUCGGCCACGAGUUUCAGGCUCUACAACCAUCAAUGGAUUAGUCUUGAGAAAGGAAACGGUAAGCUGAACGUGAGUGUUGACUACAAACCUGCCACCAAUAGAUCUCUGAGUAUUGACGAUUUUGAUCUCCUGAAAGUGAUCGGGAAGGGCUCCUUCGGUAAGGUUAUGCAAGUGAGGAAAAAGGACACUAACAAAGUGUAUGCUCUGAAAGCGAUUCGCAAAUCUUACAUCGUUUCCAAGUCUGAAGUGGUGCAUACUCUGGCGGAAAGAACUGUGCUGGCUCGCGUUGACAACCCAUUCAUUGUACCACUGAAAUUCAGUUUCCAAUCCCCCGAUAAGCUGUAUAUCGUGCUCGCUUUCAUCAACGGUGGUGAAUUAUUUUACCAUUUACAAAGAGAGGGACGGUUUUCGCUUUCGCGCGCGCGAUUCUAUGCUGCAGAGCUUUUGUGCGCAUUGGAGACUCUGCAUAGUCUCGAUGUAAUUUACCGAGACCUAAAACCGGAGAACAUUUUGCUAGAUCAUCAGGGACACAUCGCCUUGUGUGAUUUCGGUUUGUGCAAGCUGAACAUGAAGGGUCAAGAAAAGACAAACACGUUCUGCGGGACCCCUGAGUACCUUGCGCCAGAACUGCUUUUGGGUCAAGGCUACUCAAAAGUGGUAGACUGGUGGACUCUGGGGGUGCUUUUAUAUGAAAUGCUUACCGGACUACCACCUUACUACGACGAGGAUGUGCCAAAGAUGUACAAGAAAAUCUUACAAGAGCCUUUGCGGUUCCCGGACGGCUUCGACAAAGAUGCCAAGGACUUAUUGAUCAGUCUUUUGAGCAGAGAUCCUAAACGCAGGUUGGGAUUUAACGGUGCUGAAGAGAUCAAAUCUCAUGCAUUUUUCAGCCAACUCAGUUGGAAACGUUUGUGGAUGAAGGGAUACAUUCCACCAUACAAGCCGCCUGUGAUGAGCUCGCUGGACACCAGUAACUUUGAUCAAGAAUUUACAAAAGAGCUACCGGUGGACAGCGUGGUGAACGAUUUUCUGAGCGAAAGCGUGCAACAGCAAUUCGGAGGCUGGACUUAUGUGGGUAGCGAACAAUUGGGAAGAAGCGUAAGGUGA